UUCCAUUUUUUACAUACAUUCAACCAAUAAACCCUCUUUUGAUUUAGUUUGUUGCAUCAAACAAUUUUUUGAUCAUUUAAUUGACGAUAUUGUGGAAUUAAAUUUGGAGGAGAAAGGAAAAGAUGCGAAAAGAGGAAUUGGAGAUGGAGGUUGAAGAUGGAAUGGCGUAUGAGAUAAAAGAGGAGAUGUUUGGAUCUCCUUGUUCGUUGUCGAAUUUUGAAUCAGAACAAGAAAAUGGAGAUAGCAGAUUGAGUCAAUCUUUGUUAAUGAAAAGGACUAAUUAUACAUCUCAGCUUGCCAUUGUUGGUGCUAAAGUAUCCGCCAUUGAAAGCCUCGAUUAUGAGAUUAUUGAAAAUGAGCUUUUCAAAGAGGAUUGGCGAUCAAGGAAUAAGUUCCAGAGAUUUCAAUACAUAUUUUUCAAAUGGACACUGGCACUUCUUAUUGGGUUAUGCACAGGAUUUGUUGGUUUCUGCAAUAAUAUCAGUGUUGAGAAUAUUGCUGGAUUUAAAUUUCUCCAAACUAUUAAUUAUGUGUACCAAGAGAAGUAUUUUAAGGGAUUUAUCUUCUUUGCUGGGUGCAACCUAGUAUUGGCAAUCGGUGCUGCAAGUGUAUGUGCACUCAUAGCACCAGCAGCAGCAGGGUCCGGAAUUCCUGAGGUCAAAGCUUAUCUGAAUGGUGUAGAUGCACAUUCUAUAUUAGCUCCAAGUACCCUUUUUGUGAAGAUCAUCGGUUCAAUCUUAGGUGUUUCAGCAGGAUUUGUUGUUGGUAAAGAAGGACCUAUGGUUCACACUGGGGCUUGCAUAGCAUCCUUGCUGGGUCAAGGAGGAUCACGCAAAUACCAUUUGACUUGGAAGUGGCUUAGAUAUUUUAAAAAUGAUAGAGAUAGACGAGACUUAAUCACUUGUGGUUCCGCUGCUGGUGUUGCUGCAGCUUUUCGUGCACCUGUUGGUGGAGUUCUUUUUGCACUUGAGGAAGUGGCUUCCUGGUGGAGGAGCGCUCUUCUUUGGAGAACAUUUUUCACCACAGCAGUAGUCGCUGUUGUCUUGAGAGCUCUGAUUGGGUUUUGUCGAAAUAGUAAUUGUGGGCUUUUUGGUGAAGGAGGUCUUAUUAUGUUUGAUGUGAAUCAUGCCUCAAUCAAAAUGAGUCCCCAAGACUUGGUAGUAAUUUUAAUUCUUGCCAUUGUUGGAGGUGUAUUGGGAAGUUUAUACAACUACUUUGUGGACAAGGUCCUUCGAACCUACCGUGUUAUCAACGAAAAAGGUCCUAUGUACAAAGUCUUACUAGUUAUGGCCAUAUCUCUUUUAACAUCUUGUUGCUACUUUGGACUUCCAUGGCUUGCUCCAUGUACACCUUGCCCUCCACAAUUGAGCGAUGAAUGCCCGAGUAUUAGUCGCUCUGGAAACUAUAAGAGCUUCAAUUGUCCUGUAAAUCACUACAAUGAUCUUGCAUCUCUUAUAUUCACAACAAACGACGAUGCAAUUCGCAACCUUUUCAGUGCAAGCAUUACCAAAAGCGAUUUUCGUAUAUCUUCCUUAUAUAUAUUCUUUGGUGUAAUGUACUUCCUAGGCAUAAUCACCUAUGGAAUAGCAAUUCCUUCUGGACUAUUCAUCCCCGUAAUGCUAGCUGGAUCUUCGUAUGGGCGUUUAAUAGGUACGCUUCUAGGAUCUUUCUCUGAUUUGGAUUCGGGUUUAUUUGCAAUCUUAGGAGCUGCUUCUUUCCUUGGUGGAACCAUGAGAAUGACUGUUUCUUUAUGUGUCAUACUACUCGAGCUAACGAACGAUCUUCCUAUGCUACCGUUAGUCAUGUUGGUUCUUCUUAUAUCCAAAUCUGUAGCCGAUAACUUCAACAAAGGAGUAUACGAUCAAAUUGUUAAGUUCAAAGGGCUACCGUACAUGGAAAUCCAUGCCGAACCAUACAUGAGACAGUUAGUCGCAAGCGAUGUUGUUACAGGUCACUUGGUUACUUUCUCGAGUGUCGAGAAAGUUGGGACUAUCGUACAUGCUCUAACUGAAACGGGUCAUAAUGGGUUUCCGGUUAUUAAUGAGCCACCAUUUAGUGAUACACCAGAAUUAUGUGGGAUUGUUCUGAGAUCUCACUUGUUAGUGUUUCUUAAAGCUAAGAAGUUUACUAAGCAAAGAGAAUUGAUGAAAGGAAGCAUUAAGAAGAGUUUUGAUGCUUUUGAUUUUGCAAAACCAGGGUCUGGAAAAGGGAUUAAGAUUCAAGAUUUGAUGAUUAAUGAGGAGGAAAUGGAAAUGUAUAUUGAUCUUCAUCCUAUAACAAAUACAUCACCUUAUACAAUUGUGGAAACUAUGUCUCUUGCUAAAGCUGCUGUUUUGUUUCGCGAUUUGGGUCUCAGGCACUUGUGUGUUGUACCCAAAACACCCGGGAUGCCACCUAUUAUAGGGAUUAUGACAAGACAUGAUUUCACACCAGAGCAUAUAUUGGGUUUAUAUCCUCAUCUCAGGACGUAUGAGUGAACCUAUGUACUCUAAAUAUUUGUAGUAUAUGACUUAUAGACUUACAGAAAUUCUUGUAUGACACCAUCUCAUUAAGAAAUAUAUUUUAUAUAUGGAUUAAAUAGCUCAUUUCAUAGAUAUUAUGAGAAUAUAAGAUCUUAGUUUGAGAUGUUUCAAUGAGAGAUUAGACAAUCUUUCACAAGAGUAGCUCAUAGACUUAUAGUUGUACUUGAGUAACC